AAAAUAAUACUACAAUAUCCAGUUGGCUGAAAUAAUGGCCGCAUACCGUUUUCAUAAUCAAAUUUAAUUUUUACACAAUUUACGUAGCGCCUGAAAUAUUAUUGUUUCAUUAAAAUGGACGCGACACAAACGCCUGAAAUUCAGACCAGCGAUAUAGAAGUACUAAAAAAAAUGGAGGACGAACAUUUACGGCUUCAGAGACAGGUCAGAAUGAUUCAGGUAGACCGUCAGCAGAGGACGAUGGGAGUGCACCCUCAGUUCAGGAGACAAGACGAGCUGAUGAGGACCCUGAAGAGAGAGUACAUGAACCUUUGUAAAGACCUGAAGAUAGCGAGGUCCGGAGCUCACAAGAAGAAAGAUAAGAAGAUGAAACUCGAGCUGAAGAACGCGCUUCAGCUCCGAGUGGAAACAGAGCAGGAGUGUGAAGGUGACGUGACGCUGAUGGAUCAAAUUAACGGCUUGAUACAAAAAAACAAUAAGGAAACACUGGAUUUGAGGAAACUGGCGAGCACAACACAGGGCCAGUUGGAAGAGCGUCGCAACCAGAGCGAGUACCGGCUGGUGUCGGCAGAGAACAAGCUGGAGACCGCCAAGCUGAGGUUCAAUGCCAUCCAGUACGAGAAUAAGAAGAUCAGGGAGGAAAUAGAACACAUGCUGCAAGAUAGAGCUCUUUUCAAUCAAGCAUGGGACAAAAUGCUGGCAGCCCUCGGGAAGGGCAAGAAGUUCCUGAACGACCUGUUCGAGUCCUCAACCCUGGCUUACGACCAGAGGGACGAGUGGUGCACCAAGCUGAAGUCCAUGCAGGAGAAGGGGAAGAUCGAUCAGAUGCUGCAGGUUCAGGAAAUGCGAGACCUAAUAAAAGCCUACGACCACGAGAUGAAGGUGUAUCUGUUCCUGGCGACGAAGGGCAUGACGCGAGUGAACAGGAAGCAGGAGAUGAGAGAGGAAGCCAUGAGGAGGACUGAUGAGGAGGAGACCAAACGGAUGCAGGCGUACUACGUGAAGUUGUUGGAUGAUAUUGGGAACUACACGGGAGAGUACAGCGUGUACAGAGUAAUGAAGCUGUUCAAGAAGAAGGAGCAGGAGAACUUCUCCAUGUACCAGCUGCUGGCUGACUUCUGCGCAGAGAACGAGGUCCUGAGGCGAGAUGUUAACGAGAUAAGGAGGAUCACAAAUGAUCGGCGUGAUUGGAACCAGAUGAUGGAGGACAAAAGGCAAGGCAAGAUAGGGUAUUUACGGGAACUUCUAGAAGCACAACAGAUGAAGACAGAAGAACUGAGAAGGAAAAACGAGGAGCAGAAACAACUUGUACAAGACGUCAUGAGUAAAAUAAAUGAGAUGUUCGCGAUGCUGGACUGCAGCCUGAAGCCGUUCCACAACCUGCUGGGAGACAAGCAGCCGUCCGUGCACCAGCUCGACCUGACGCUGCGGCUCAUCACCGAGAGGAUCAAGGAGUAUAUGCAGAACGUGUACUAUUAUGAACACUGUGUCCAAAAGAAAUGCGAGAAAACAUCAACAGCAUCACGAUUAAAGAAGUACACCGUGCACGCGGAGCCGCCGGACUUCUUCAAGCCGACUCCUAUCAACCUCCUGGUACCGGCUGAUCCGUGCCCCUCUUGCGUCGAAACUCGUUGGAUGGCACGCAUCUCCGACGGUCCCGAACCUCCAUUUGACAUACAGAUGGCGUUAGCAGCGCUCACCGAGCUGUCAUCAGACCCCGCCUACAUGCGCAGUGACAGAGUCCACACUAUCACCGAGUGUAGAGUCCCGCGGAGCAGAGCUAUCCUCGCCAGGAGAUAUCUCAACCAUUGACCAAUUGAGCUGAAUAAAGUGUUAUCACUUUUUAUGUC